AUUUUUCUAUACUUAUUUACCUAAACUAUUUUAAAAAUGAAAACUUCCCUUUCUAGAUGUCAAUUCUUCAAAACAAGAUAUUAAAGAUAUUGAAAAUGUUGAUACCAUGGCAAUAGUUGAAACCGAGGUUGAAACCUGUUCAAAUAUUGAUAAUGGUGACAGUAAUUUGAAAAAAUAUAACAGUACUGCUAUUGAAAAUGAAAGAGAAAAUCUGAAUAGUGAUAAUGAUGUCAAUGCUUCAAAACAAGACAAUGAAAAAAAUCAAGUUAAUACAAUUGAAAAUGUUGAUACCAUGGAAAUAGUUGAAACCUCUUCAAAUAUUGAUAAUGAGGCUACUGAUAUGUUUAUAAAACCUAGAAGUAUUAAUUUUACAAGCUUUUGGUCAUUCCAUCCUCAUCAACCGAAAACCAACAUUCCAUUCAGACCUUCAAAAUUGUACAACCGUAAGGAUGGAGGUCAUCGUAAAUGGAUAUCUUAUUGUGUUAAGAAAAAAGCUUUAUUUUGCAAUAUAUGUCUUUGUUAUGGUGAUGGUUCUGGAUCAUUUUCCAAAGGAUUUUCUGUCUGGAAACAUGUAUAUGAGCGAGUCAGUGAUCACGAAGAAACAAUAACACACAAAUUAAAUGUUGAUGCUCAUUUGAUGAAAAAGCAAUUUUCCUCAGUGGAUUCACUUUUAACACACGGACUUGGUUCAAUAAGAAAAAUACAAGUUGAAAACAAUCGAAAUGUAUUACUUCGUCUUAUUGAUGUGUUAAAGUUAAUUGGAAAGCGCGGACUAAGUUAUAGAGGUAAAACAAAUGAGGCUGCUUAUUCACUCGACGAUUCUUCCUUAGACCAUGGCAAUUUUUUGGAAAUAACUUUACUUAUUAGUAAAUAUGAUUCCUUGCUUAAAUCACAUUUAGAUAAAGUUGUAAAAAAAAGUUUAAAAUGUCAUAAUUCUGGAGCCCAACAAGGAGGAGGUCAAGUUACUUUUUUAUCAAAAACUACAAUUAAUUAUAUUCUUGAAAUUAUUGCUAAAAAUAUCAAAUUUACAAUUUCUAAUGAAGUGAAAGAUGCUGUAAUAUAUUCUGUACAACUCGAUACAACACAAGAUAUAUCUGUUACAGAUCAAUGCUCAAUAAUAUUAAGAUAUGUAAAUGGUACAUCUGUCUUUGAAAGAUUAGUUGGUAUGGUAAGGUGUAGCUCAAGUAAAGGCUCCGAUUUUGUUGAGUUACUCUUAAAAGUUCUCAAAGAUAUGAAUCUAGACCCAAAAUGCUGUAUAGGAAACGCAACCGACGGAGCUGCAAAUAUGCAAGGAGUUUAUAAUGGAUUUUCCACGAAAAUGAGCGAAGCAGCAGUUGAACAAGUACAUGUAUGGUGUUAUGCACAUGUAUUAAAUUUAGUUAUUAGUGAUAUUACAAGCAAAAUUGUCCAAUCUAUUUCUUUGUUUGGUAUCUUGCAAGGAUGUGCGGUAUUUAUACGUGAGUCAUAUAAACGUAUGGACAUAUGGAUAACCAAAAAUUCCAAAAAAAAAAUAUGUACAAUCGGCGAAACAAGAUGGUGGUCCAAAGAUGCAGCAUUGACAAAGGUUUUUGGACAAUUUAAUGAACCCGAAAAUGGAUUGUAUGUUGAUCUCAUAACUACAAUUUAGGUAUAACUCCAGAUGCUCGAUUCA